GCUCAAUCGGUGAUUGGAUUCUCUCCCGCGUUAUCUCGUCUGUCCCAUUCCGCAAAUCUAAUAAAUGGCCCACGACUACAUGGUCUAGAUUAGAUUAAUAUUUGUUUUAGCAAAUCUAUUGGGUCAGCCCAUUUGAGGCCCAUGUUUUGAGACCAGGUCCGAGCCUGCGUAACUAACAUGUAACCAACACUUGAAAUACAUCAAAUCAGUGAAGACGUUGGGGUCAACUACCCUCUCCCCGACGCUGAACUGAAUCUUCGUCGUCAACAGAUUCUCCGCCACUGGAAGAAAUGGAAACGUCGCCGCAAUUCAGACUUAUCUUCGCCGUAAUCAUUUCUUCUCUCAUCGCUUUCCGAUCGUACAAGCGGAAGUCGCUCGAUCUCUCCGGUGGAAUUGCUGGAUUCCUCGUUAUGACCAUUCACUUCACCGCCGGUUUCAGGUACGGAGCUCUGCUGCUUGUAUUCUUUCUUACUUCCUCGAAACUUACCAAAGUUGGCGAAGAUAAAAAAAGACGCGUUGAUGUUGAGUUCAAAGAAGGUGGACAAAGGAACUGGGUACAAGUGCUAUGCAAUAGUGGAAUUGCUUCAGUUCUAGUUGUAAUUGCUUGUACUUUAACGGGUUGGAAGGACAAGUGUUUGGACUCGAAGCAGUCAGAAAUUGUAACAGCUCUUAUUGGUGGGAUCAUUGGUCAUUACGCCUGCUGUAAUGGAGACACUUGGUCCUCAGAGCUUGGGGUUCUUAGUGAUGCCCAGCCUCGACUAAUCACAACGUUUAAGCCGGUGAAGAAGGGCACAAAUGGUGGAGUUACAAAGGCAGGACUCUUAGCUGCCUUGGCAGCAGGCACCACUGUUGGAUUAACAUUCCUUAUCUUCGGACUCUUUACCGCGAGUUGUGCAAGUGAUGUAGCUCUAAAGCAACUCUUAGUCAUACCACUCUCUGCACUAGCUGGACUAUGUGGGAGUCUUAUUGAUUCUAUACUAGGAGCAACCAUUCAAUUCAGUGGUUUCUGCUCUGUCCGGAACAAGGUUGUAGGGAAACCGGGUCCAACCGUAAAGAAGAUUUCAGGUGUGGACAUUCUUGACAACAAUGGUGUGAACUUUGUCUCCAUACUCUUGACAUCUUUUCUGACUUCCAUUGCUUCUGUGUACAUUUUCUGAAUGAUGAAGCUACCAACCUGUUUUCUUGACUAGACUGUUUUAGAUUUUCACCUUUUGCAUGCCAAAUUUGGUAUACAAACAUACUUUGAUUUUAUUUCUUAAAUUGUUCAUUUUGUUGUAUGCUGAAAUGAGAGUUUUAAGUUCAUAGAAAACUUUGAUCAAAAAAAAAAAAAAAAAAAAGAUUUUUUUUUAAUAUAAACAAAAAAAAAGG